UUAGGACACGGAAGCUGCAUAGAGACGGGACAGUAGGCAGACAUCAGAGUUUCUAUUAUUGUUCAACUAAAACACGCAGGAAUGGUGAACGCUUGCUGUGUUAUCAACUGCAAAAACCGUUCUCAGGACCGACGUGGAAAACGCAUUUUAAAUGGAGUACGAUUUUUCAGCUUUCCAGCUUGGAAGCAUCACCUUGGAACUCAGAUGUCUGAGUUAACAAAGAGGCGUCGCAUGGCAUGGGUAUCAGCCGUAAGACGCAAAGACAUCACCUUCGACAACAUUUUCCGACAUAUGCUUGUGUGUUCACGGCAUUUUCUCUCAGGCAAACCAGCCUAUGAAAUGCUUGAGUGUCAUCCCGACUGGGCACCGUCAUUACAUCUCGGGCACACAGAAGUCAAAGCAGUGCAUCCUGAGCGGUUUAGCCGUAGGACAAAGAGACAGCAAGGUCUCAAACAGAACACUGCUGCACCUGCAACAUCACCAGCUCUACCUGACCUGAAAUUGGAGAUAGAUGAAGAUGUACCACUGGUUAAAGAUGAACCACCGGAUGAAGAUGGACCACCAGAUGAAGAUGGACCACCGGAUGAAGUUUCACAGAGGUUACAGAUGGAUGAGGCUGCACCAAAGUACGACCUUGUAGAACAGCAGGAAUGUAGUUUUUGUAACUGCAGACGUGCUGAAAUUAACCGCUUAUUAGAGGAGAACAGGUUAUUGAAGGAAGAGCUCUCUCAAAAGACAAUGUCUGAGGAUUUUUUGGGAGAUGAUGACAAGAAGGUCAAGUACUACACUGGACUGCCAUGUUUUGCUGUUCUGAUGGGUGUGCUGACGCAGCUUCUUCCCUGCCUACCACAGACAAGACGCAAACUUUCGCCUUUUCAGAUGCUCUUCUUAACUCUGAUGCGCCUCAGGCUGAAUCUGCCAAUCCAGCACAUUGCACACCUCUUCUGCAUAGAUCAAAAGACUGUGUCCACCACGUUCAGAGACACCUUAGGUGCCAUGUUUACACACCUCAGCCCUUUGGUGCACUGGCCAGAGAGACAUUGCCUGAAGGGCAGCAUGUUGCAACAGUUUGUAGAAGCUUUUGGCAGUCAUGUUGCGGUUAUUGUGGACUGCUUUGAAAUUAACGCUGAGAGAGCAUCAAAUCAGAAAGCUAUAGCACAGACAUCUUCACAAAAGCACACGCUAAAGUAUCUUAUUGGUAUUACUCCACGUGGAGCUAUUGCUUUCGUUUCUAAAGGGUGGGGAGGUGGUAUCAAUGUCAAGGAUGUGAUUGAGAGUAGUGGCCUUCUUGAUAAACUAUUGCCUGGAGACUUGGUGUUGGUGGAUCGUGGAUUUGACACCGGGCACAAUGUUGGGCUAAUGUGUGCAGAAGUGAAAAAGCAAAAACUGGUUCCAAAGGAUGAGGAGGAGACACGGAAGAUAGCUCACCUCAGGGUCCAUUUGAAGAGGGUGAUCGGAUGUGUGCGCACAAAGUACACCAUGCUAAAUGAGGCCGUACCAGUGAGCAUGAGAGCCCCAUGUGAAGAUGAGGACAUGACAUUCCUUGACAAAGUUGUGACUGUGUGCUGUGCCCUAACUAAUAUGUGCCCUAGUGUUAUGAAACUGUAAACCAUGACAUAAACUGUACAUACAACAAAAUAAAGGAGAACUGCAUAUCCUUCAUUAUCGUGUGGCAU